GGCACGAAGAGGAGGAAACGGAGGAGGAGGAGGAGGAGGAGGAGGAGCACGACAACCAGAAGGCCAACACGUGUUUUGGACUGCCCUGCUCUCAGGAGUGCUAAGGCAGAGCAUAUGAACAUGUCUGAUCUAGGCGCGGGCGAUUGGCAGAACAUGGCCCCUGUGGGAUCCAGCUGCAAACCUCGCUGAAGGCGGCAUCGGAGGGAGGCAGACAAUAGUGCCCUUCCGCGGAGGACGAGGUGGGGCGCAUUUAAACCUUAGUCCGUGCCUGCAUUAAGUUCAGCAAGACACGUUAUGGAAGCCAGUGGGUGCCGUUGCCGUCUCGGCGCAAAAGCGACUGACAAUCUAACCGAUGGAAUAUGUGACAUGUAGACAUGCGACGGAAUGCAGACGCAGAGGGCAGAGGGGGACGGAGCAGCAGACUUAUGCAGGGCCAAGCGGGCCAAAAAGGCCGUCGUCGAGACGAGGGCAAGUCAUGCCAACAUUGGACCGAACCUGAAGUGAGGGACUACGUACUGCCGCACGGCGGUGUUAAUGCGCUGCUGCGGGAGCAACGCUGGCCCAACUGGCCUGCACUUCAAAUGAACGGGUGCCCUGCGCAACAAUGUCGUUGCGAAUGGUGCUGCUGCUCCUCUUCCUCCUCCUCCUCCUCCUCUGCUGCUGUCGUUCCUGCUGCAGUCAUGGCUGCCCGCUCUCCAUCGGGACAAGGGGCGAGGAGGCGUCGACGUCAAGCAGAGGUGUGGCCAUCCGCUCUUCCGAGAGCGGGCACCGCUCUCUACGAGCAGGCGCCCCAAAAACCAGAAGAGAACUUCGGUCAGGCACGCCUGGAUGGACCAGGGGCCCCGGAUGCUCCGGCCGCUGCCAGCCGCCCACGCACAGAGGGACGCAGGCGGCGCGGGCGCACGAGGGCGUGCCUAUGUACAGUGCCUCCGUCUUCUUGCGCAUCCUGGUCCCCAUGUCUCGCAUGAUCACUUUCCUGAAUGCUCGCCUUGGAAAACUGAGGGAAGGGCAUCGGGAUCGGUAUGUGCUUCGCGGCUGGUUAUGGAGAAGCCCCCGCCUCGGAUGUCGGGCAGCCAAGGAGCCACCAAUGGCUACGAUGGCCUCGCACUCGGGGCGAGCGCGCAGCAAAAGGGUCCGGAGGCCCGGUCCUGAGCAGGGCGGCACGGGAGGGAACCCGGAAAACGCAAUCACCAACCUGCCGCCAGGUUGUGUGCGCGGGGGAGAAGAGAGAUGAACGUGGAGAGGGAGCAGGCCUCCUCAGGCUGCUCGACCACCCAUUAAGGCUUCGCUGAGUCAGGCCUUGACUGAGCUAUAGCAGUUCUAUCCGCCACCAUGCCGAAGGCACUGAGUGGAUUUGCCUCAGGUCCCUUGGAGUUCUACGCAAUGAAUGUUGUACAUGCGCUCAGGGGCAAGACCCCCGCGUCAUUGGCGAUCUCGCGCGCUCUUUGGAAUCCCAACAUUAUUUGGUCGGAGGCCUCGGCAGCGUAGCUUGGGGCCUGAAACUCGAACAUCCCCACGGUCGGCCCCAGAGGCCCCCUCCGCAGUGUUGCCCCAGUGAUUUCCCCAGCAGCUGGGGGACACACGCAGUCCACUGGCGUGGCCGCACGCCCGCGGGACGCCUCACGACGCAACACUGCACGGCACGGGAGCUCACGUGAAGGCAGGGGGGGCGGCGACUCGCCGCAGGCACCCUCGGCACUCCUGCCUUCCGCUGGCACGUCUGCACAGCAGCGCAUCGGACGAGGGCGCGCCCGCACGCUAAACAUCGGCGCCACUGGCCACUCGUCGAAGUGUGAGCCAGCUCUCGCCACGCGGUCCAGCUCCUCCGCCCUCACGAGGCCGCAAGCGCCGGGCACACACGGGGAGGCCACCGCCUCUGCGUGGCCAGUGCCGCGCAGGGCGCGCGCGACGCCAGGAGUGGCGCGCGCCGAGGCACCCGCUGCUGCUGCUGCUGCUGCUGCUGCUGCUGCUGCUGCUGCUGCUGCUGCUGCGGCCAGGGCCGCUGGGAGUGCGCGCGGCCAACGGCGGGCCCCUCGCGGCGGGAGCGGCGCUGCUUGCAGCGUGGAGGUGCCGGCGAGGGCCGUCCCUUAAGAUUGGGCGGGCGGGCCGCGGCAGCAGAGGUGCCUGCCGGUGGCGCGUCUGCGGCGCCGGCGCCCUCGGCCCCGCGGGCCCUGCGGCGGGCCCUGCGCAGGCGGCGCAGGAUGGCGUU